AUGGGCACUAGUACUACCAGUAAAGUGUUGAAAUUAGCAUCAUUUUUGUUUUGUUUGUUUUCCAGCGGCGGAUGCGAGUUUAUAGAGCUGCCAAAUGUUGGAAAAGUUAAUGAAGUUCACCACGUCAAUGGAAAUAGAAUGUUUGCUCCUUGGCCGGAAGGGUUUGAAGAAACGGUUUUAGGAAUGGGUUGCUUUUGGGGAGCAGAGCGGCUUUUCUGGAAGCAAGAAGGAGUCUUCUCAACGCAAGUCGGCUAUGCUGGCGGGACAACUGAGUUCCCCACCUAUGCCGAAAUGAAGGAAGAAAAUAAAGGAAAACACGCGGAAGUAGUGAGAAUCAUCUUUGACCCCGCGAAAAUCAGCUUCGGCGAGUUGCUUCAGCUCUUCUUCGAAAAUCACGAUCCAACUCAAGGCGAUCGACAAGGAAUAGACGUCGGCUGCCAAUACCGCUCUGUCGUCUUCGCCCAAAAUGAAGAACAGCUCCUGACAGCGCUGAAGACUAAAAUUCUCUUCCAAGAGCAACUUGCCAAAAUCGAAUCGAGAAAAGACGACCUGAUAACGACGGAGAUAAAGAUAGAAAAGCAAUUUUACUACGCCGAAGACUACCACCAGCAAUACCUGUCGAAGAAUCCUGACGGCUUUUGCGGGCUGAAAAAUGAAGGGAUCAAGUGUCCAUCGCCAAAUGACGACUUUAAGGGUGUACCCAACGAAAUCAAGGAUUCUUUCGAGCAGAGCUAA